AUGGGCACGGUGCUGUCUCUUUCCCCCGCCUCCUCGGCCAAGGGCCGGAGGCCCGGCGGGCUGCCCGAGGAGAAGAAGAAGGCGCCGCCCGCGGGAGACGAGGCGCUGGGGGGCUACGGGGCGCCGCCAGUGGGCAAGGGCGGCAAAGGCGAGAGCCGGCUCAAACGGCCGUCCGUGCUCAUCUCCGCGCUCACCUGGAAGCGCCUUGUGGCCGCGUCCGCCAAGAAGAAGAAAGGCAGCAAGAAGGUGACGCCCAAGCCAGCGUCCACCGGCCCCGACCCCCUGGUCCAGCAACGCAACCGCGAGAACCUUCUCCGCAAAGGUCGGGAUCCCCCCGACGGCGGCGGUGCCGCCAAGCCCCUGGCGGUGCCCGUGCCCACCGUACCCGCGGCCGCCGCCACCUGCGAGCCGCCGUCGGGGGGCAGCGCCGGAGUUCCGCCGCCAGGCUCGGACGGAGGGAAGCCGCCGCCGCCGCCGCCCCCAGCCCCGCAGGCGGCGCCGCCGGUCCCUGGCGGCUCGCCGCGGCGGGUCAUCGUCCAGGCUUCUACCGGCGAGCUGCUGCGCUGCCUGGGCGACUUCGUGUGCCGGCGCUGCUACCGUCUCAAGGAGCUGAGCCCGGGCGAGCUGGUGGGCUGGUUCCGCGGAGUGGACCGCUCGCUGCUGCUGCAGGGCUGGCAAGACCAGGCCUUCAUUACUCCCGCCAACCUGGUGUUCGUGUACCUGCUGUGCCGCGAGUCGCUGCGCGGGGACGAGCUGGCGUCGGCCGCCGAGCUGCAGGCCGCCUUCCUCACCUGCCUCUACCUCGCCUACUCCUACAUGGGCAACGAGAUCUCCUACCCGCUCAAGCCCUUCCUCGUGGAGCCCGACAAGGAGCGCUUCUGGCAACGCUGCCUGCGCCUCAUCCAGCGGCUCAGCCCGCAGAUGCUGCGGCUCAACGCCGACCCCCACUUCUUCACGCAGGUCUUCCAAGACCUCAAGAACGAGGGCGAGGCCUCCGCCAGCGCCGGGGGUCCACCCAACGGGGGCGCGCCCGCGGCCCCCUCCACCUCCUCCUCCUCCUCGGCCGCCAGGGACAGCUGCGCGACUGGAGCCAAGCACUGGACUAUGAACUUGGACCGCUAG